UAGCUGUGCUGGGGGCGGGGCUUGUUCGGUAUGGCUGAUGGGGGUGCAGUCUUAUCGGGCGUAGAGGGAGUGUUGUUAGAUAUUAGCGGGGUGCUUUACGAUAGCGGAGGCGACGGAGGCGGAGUCCCCAUUUCUGGAUCUAUAGAAGCUGUAAAAAAGAUCAAGGCAUCUGGUCUAAAGCUGCAGUUUUGCACUAAUGAAACUCAAGCUACACGGGACAGAUUUGUAAAAAAGUUGCAACAUUUGGGUUUUGAUAUUGCAGUAAAUGAAGUCACUGCUCCAGCACCUGCAGUAUGUCGAAUUCUGAAGGAGCGUAACCUGAGGCCUCACCUUCUUGUGCAUGAUGAUCUCAUUCCUGAAUUUUCUGAUACUGAAAAAACAAACCCUAACUGUGUAGUAAUUGGGGAUGCAGCAGACAAUUUUUCCUACAAAAAUCUGAAUGAUGCUUUCCAAAUCCUCAUAAGCCUGGAAAAUCCAGUUCUGCUGUCUUUGGGAAGAGGACGCUAUUAUAAAGAAACAGAUGGACUAAAACUUGAUGUUGGAGCAUACAUGAAAGCACUGGAGUAUGCCUGUGAUAUUCAAGCUGAGGUGGUGGGAAAACCAGCCAAAAUGUUUUUCCAGUCAGCUUUGACAGAAAUGGGCAUUGAACCUCACGAGGCCAUCAUGAUUGGAGAUGAUAUUGUAAACGAUGUAGGAGGAGCCCAGCAAUGUGGAAUGAGAGCUGUACAAGUACGGACAGGAAAGUACAGACCUUGUGAUGAGCAGCAUCCAAAAGUCAAAGCCGACCUUUAUGUGAACAAUCUGGCAGAAGCUGUUGAUAUAAUUCUCAAAUGUUUGCAUAAAUAAAAAUGCUGCAGGAGUCCACUUAAGGCAGAUGUUAAUGUAAGAUCUUUAGCAUAACUGCACAUUUCUAGUAAUGUUCAAAUCUUCAUCCAUUGUUUAUGGACUAAUUGUGAAGCAAUGUACAGCACCACAAACAUGCGUUCAACAGUCUAAUUUAAUUUGCUAUUUUAUCCAGCUAAAGUGAUAGAUUAACCACAAUGAAAAACAAAAAAAAAGUUUAAUUCCCCCCUGUUACUCUGCUCUAGGAAUCAUUUGAAUCUUGUCUGUCUGUUUUGGGAGUAUUGUAACACAUCACCAAAUAAAUCUGUGUGCCAUGUACCACUCAAGAUAGGAA